AUGUCGUCAUCUAGAUCAGUAUCGCCGCCCAAGGGCUCUAGUCGAUCCCUUAAGUUGUUUUUAGACGAAGAAGACAAGACUCAAGAGGUACUAAAGACUUUUAAAUGUCUAGAGGAAAACCAUUAUGCGAACAAAAGGUUGGGAAAUUCGAAGCACAAUGAAUUCAUGGAGUGUGAUUGUUAUGAAGAGUUCGAAGACGGUAUUAAUCGCGCCUGUGACGAAAACUCCGACUGUAUUAAUAGGCUAACGCUGAUCGAGUGUGUUAAUGGGCUAUGUGGAUCUUGCGGUGAAGACUGUCAAAAUCAAAGAUUCCAAAGGAAACAGUAUGCCGAUAUUGCAGUUUUCCAAACCAAGUUAAAAGGUUAUGGUGUCCGUGCUCAAUCUGAUAUUGAACCGCAUCAGUUUAUCUAUGAAUAUAUGGGGGACGUGAUACCGGAGGACGUCUUUAGGGAUAGAUUGGUGGAUUAUGAUCAAAAGGGUUAUCAGCAUUUUUAUUUUAUGAUGUUACAAAACGGUGAAUUCAUUGAUGCUACCGUCAAAGGUUCACUAGCGAGAUUUUGUAACCAUUCUUGCAAUCCAAACGCAUAUGUGAAUAAAUGGGUUGUAGCUGGAAAAUUGAAGAUGGGGAUUUUUGCCCAUAGAAAAAUUUUAAAAGGUGAGGAAAUUACAUUCGAUUACAACGUUGAUAGAUAUGGUGCCACAGCUCAAAAAUGUUACUGUGAAGAACCAAACUGUAUUGGAUUUUUAGGUGGUAAGACUCAAACUGAUGCUGCAAGUCUAUUACCUCAAAAUAUGGCAGAAGCAUUGGUUGUCAGCGUAACUAUGGAAAAGCAAUGGAUUAAAUUGAAAAAGCAACAGGGUGAAAAAAUUGUGAAGAGUGAAGGGAACAAUAUCAAUAUAGAAUUUGUUGAAUCACUUAAUCCGCCACCUUGUGAAAAACCUGAAGAUGUGAUCAAAGUUAUGAGUGUACUUUUACAGGUGGAAGACCCUCUGCUGGCCAGAAAAUUGUUACAGCGGUUGUUUAACAUUGAACCUGAUUCUAAUUUACACCAUCAAAUCUUAAAGUUACAUGGUUACACAUGCUUUGUCAAACUGUUACACCUGUUUAAAGAGGACUCAUAUAUGGAAACAAAGAUUCUUGAUUUCAUCCUGAAAUUACCAAAGACAACUAAAAACGGUAUCAUCACAUCUCAAAUUGAUAAAGAAGUAGAACAAAUUGGGAAAUCGAAUCAAGAAUUGGAAGACACAUGCACUAAACUACUGCAAAAAUGGAAUGAUUUUGAGACUUAUAAAAGAAUUACAAAGAAAGAUAUCAAAGAGGCAUCAAAUAAGAUGGUAGAUUUAAGAAGAAUUAGAUUACCACCAGGAUGGGAAAUCGUUCAUGAAAAUGGUAAACCAAUGUAUUAUAAUGCACAACAAAAGACAAAAUUGCAUCAGCCACCAUCAGGUUCAUCAAAGACUUUUAAUGCUAGACGACCACAAACUAAUGGUAAUUCAGGUACACCGAAGCCAUCCAUCAAAAGAUCACGUCUUGAUGAUGAAGAGUACGAAAAGCAGAAACUAAGAAGACUUGAAAAGGAGAAAGAAGCUAUUGAAAAAGUUAAAGAGGAGGAGAAGGAAGCUCUGAAAUUGAAAUUAGAGAUGGAAAAUCAAAGGAAAAGUGAAUUGGAAAAGAUUAUAGCAGAGGCCAAUAGACAAAAGGAUAUGGAAAAGGAACAGUCAGUAAAAUUGGAAAGGGAAAAAGAAGAAAAACGUCUUAAGAAGAAAAAUCAUCAUUUGGAGCAUAAAUGGGACAAGUUCUUUGCUUCAUUUGUACCUGGUCUCUUACGCAGAUACGAACAAAACGAAGGUUUAUCCCAUGACCAUGCAAAACAAUGUGCUCGAGACAUCGUCAAGAUCUUGACGUCUAAAGAACUAAAGAAGGAUGUUACAAAGCCACCGCCCGAAGAGCCAUCAAAGGAUAAAAGAGCUAAGGUAAAACAGUUUACAGCAUCUUACAUGGAUAAAUUUUUAAUCAAAUACAAGAAGAAACAUAGCAGUUGA